UACUCACGUCAGGUCUGAAGCUGGAGUAACCGACAAGUUCAAUGUGGCGGUAGGUUUACACCAGGGAUCGGCUUUAAGUCCAUAUUUGUUCCUCCUGGUUAUGGAUGCUCUGACAUCGAACAUACAGGAGGAGGCACCCUGGUGUAUGCUGUUUGCCGAUGAAAUUGUUCUUGUCAGAGAUAAUGCACUUGAGGUCCAGAGCAGGCUGGUAAAAUGGCAAGAAAAGCUGGAAAGUGUGGGACUGAAAAUAAGCAGAACCAAAACGGAGCACAUGUUCUGCGAUUUCGGUGGUCUAUCCAGUUUUUCCCAUAUUGCCUUAGAUGGUGUAUCCCUACCAGUCUGCCCCGACUUCCGGUACCUUGGGUCAUUGAUCCAGGGCGACGGACGCAUAGACCGUGACGUGAAAAAUAGAAUAAAUGCGGGAUGGAUAAAAUGGCGACAGGUCUCUGGAACAACUUGCGAUCCACGAAUGCCUCUUAAACUUAAGGGGAAAAUUUACAGGACGAUCGUGAGACCUGUUGUAAUGUAUGGAUCAGAAUGCUGGGCGAUGAAAGUGACGGAUGAAAGAAGAGUGCACGCAGCGGAAAUGAGGAUGUUGGGAUGGAUGUGUGGAGUGACGAGAAAGGAUCGGAUUAAGAAUGAGUAUAUUAGGGGAAGUUUGAAAGUAGCACCAGUAACGGAGAAGAUAAGAAGUAGUAGGUUAGCGUGGUAUGGGCAUGUGAUGAGAAGGGAUGAAUGCCAUAUAGGCAAAAGAAUGUUAGAGAUGAAUGUUGAUGGACGGAGAGCGUAUGGUAGACCCAAAAAGCGAUGGAUGGAUUGUGUGAAAGAGGAUAUGAGAAAGAAAGGAGUGAGUGCUGAGGUGACGAAAGAUAGAGGAGAAUGGAAGAGAAAAACAUGUUGUGCCGACCCCACAUAACGUGGGAUAAGGGCAGGAAGAAGAAGAUUAUAGUAAUAUGUCAACUGA